CGUCUGAAAGAAUCCGAGGAGUGAGAGAACGAUAAUCCCAACCCAAUUUACUUCUCUUUUUCUCUUUCUUUUCCUAAAAUCUCGCCCUUUUUUUUUAGCUUCCGGCGGCAAACACCAUCGCGGUUGACCAAAUUGCCCUCCAUUUCCUCUUGAAAUCACACCAAACCCUUCCUUACCUUUUCCACUCAGAUUCUCCUCACACCACAGUCAACUCAACCGUCCCCUCUCUCAUUCUCUUCACGCCAUGCUCCCUUGAGUAACCAUCUUCCGCGGCGAAUGGAUUUCGUAGAAGGCGUUGGAGAGAGCUCCUCGCCGCCGCGCGCCUUCAGCGGUUUCGGAAACUACGACGUCCGCAACGACGUCUUCAACCGCCUUCUUGAAACAGGCCACGACCAGGCCGUUUCCAAUCCCGAGUUUCGAGAGCAGUUGGAGGCUCACUUCAAUCGUUUGCCUCCGAGUUAUGGACUUGAUGUGAAUAUCGAUAAAGCUGAAGAUGUUUUGUUGCAUCAAAGGCUUCUUGCUCGGGCAAGGGAUCCUGAUAAGCGUCCUGUUUACCACAUACGCUUCCUCGAGAAUAUUUCAACUAGAACAAAUGGUGAAGAUCAACAAAUUUUAAGUACUCAUUAUAGGACAGGGUCAUCUCAUGCAACAAAUGGGGUAGCUGUACAAUCUGGGAAAAGUACGGUGAGGGAGGUUGCAAAUGAGUUUGAGCCCUGCUCAAAGCUCGAGGACUUAAAUUUGGAUGUUAGAAAUAACUCCAAGGAAACACAGGAAAUAUUUCUCGCUGACAACUUUUUUCAGAGGCAUGAACAUUCAAGUAUCCGAGUUCAUGAAAUAAUAUUUUCUACUGUUGACAAGCCAAAGCUGUUAAGCCAGCUGUCAGCUUUGCUGUCUGAUAUUGGACUUAACAUCCGUGAAGCACAUGUUUUCUCCACAACUGAUGGCUAUUCCCUUGAUGUGUUUGUGGUUGAUGGGUGGCCAGUUGAGGAAACAGAUGAAUUGUAUGAUGCCAUGGAAAAAGCUGUAGCAAGAAGUGAGGGGUCAUGGUCCCGUCCUUCAAAUUCUCAUUCAGCUGUUGAGAAAGCCUUAGCAACAGAGGGAAAAUUGGGAGAUUGGGAAAUAGACAGGAGGUUGCUGAAGUUAGGAGAAAAAAUAGCGUCUGGAUCCUCUGGAGAUUUGUAUCGAGGAGUUUAUCUUGGGGAAGAUGUUGCUGUUAAGGUUCUGAGAUCUGAGCAAUUGAAUGAUGCCUUAGAGGAUGAGUUUGCUCAAGAAGUGGCAAUUCUGAGGCAGGUACAACAUAAAAAUGUUGUUCGUUUCAUUGGUGCAUGUACUAAGUGUCCGAAUUUCUGCAUAGUAACAGAGUAUAUGCCCGGAGGAAGUCUGUAUGAUUACAUGCACAAAAAUCAUAAUGUCUUGGAACUGUCUCAAUUACUAAAGUUUGCAAUUGAUGUCUGCAAGGGUAUGGAGUAUUUGCAUGCAAACAACAUAAUUCACAGAGAUCUGAAGACAGCUAAUUUGCUGAUGGAUACACACAAUGUUGUUAAAGUUGCAGAUUUUGGAGUCGCUCGGUUCCUAAAUGAGGGGGGAGUGAUGACAGCAGAAACUGGAACAUAUAGAUGGAUGGCACCCGAGGUUAUAAAUCAUCAGCCCUAUGAUCAGAAAGCAGAUGUUUUCAGUUUUUCCAUUGUACUGUGGGAAUUAGUGACCGCAAAGGUACCAUAUGACAACAUGACUCCACUACAAGCGGCUUUGGGUGUGAGACAGGGUCUGCGGCCAGAGCUUCCGAACCAUGGGCACCCUAAACUAUUAGAGUUGAUGCAGAGAUGUUGGGAAGCCAUUCCAAUCGACCGUCCAUCCUUUAAUGAGAUAACGGUUAAACUUGAAAAUAUUUUGCAAGAAAUGGAGAAAGAUUCAGAAGCAAAUGGUGCUUGACAUUUUGUACACAAACUAAUAUUCCAGAUCUUUGAGACGGUUGGAUGAAUCUGACCUUUUUUGCUUCCACUGGCUAUUCAUAUAGCUGUGAAGUUUUUCAAGUUCCUCUAUUGCUCCGAGGGAAAAAGGCGAUCACAUACAAAUUGAGAAAAUGUAAAGAGGCAUACUAAUAUUAUAGCUGACUAUACAUAUAUAUUCCAGGCAAAAUCACGUCAAACUUCUCUGAAACUAAAUUAAUUGGAGGAAUGCGUUCCACGUGGCUACAAAGAAAAAUAGUUGACGUAAAAUCGAUGAAGUGUAUAGUGAGAGUAAAGAUGUUGAGCGUUAAUGGGUCGUUUCUUUUUUCCUUUUUUGGGUCAAGGACUGUGCAUUUAUGUUUCGAGCUGUAAAUUAGUUACUGGUAUAAACCUGAGUCCUCCUAUCUAAACUAGUUUAAUGUAAAGUGUUACCUACCCUUCCCUUGUUAUAUUUAUAUUCAUGCUAUUAUUUUUAUUGUUUAGAGGAGGUAAAUUUAAGGAGAUUAAUUAAAACGUCUAGUUAAUUAAUGUUUUGCUGGAAA